CUGUAUUACCGAGCUGACAAAGAGCCCAUCUUUUUUUUCUUCAUCUUUUCUUGUUCUCUCCUUCUCUCGUCACGUUGGUUAAUUCUUUUGCCUUUUCGCUCUUCUUGAAGCCUGUCCCUUGCCUAGGCAGCAACUCGACGUUUGCGCUGCGGGCUCCAGGAAUCGACCCCGCGCCACGCCAAAAGAUUUUCUGCAUUUCCGCUCCCGCAAUCGCCUCUCGGUAGUUGGACAAUCUGCCUACCCGAGAAACGCACAACGGAACGUGAAGUCCAGCCAUCGCCAUGGCUUCAGACGGGGAGAUUGAUCUCUACGAUAUCCUUGAAAUCGAUAGAACAGCAACUCCCGACCAGGUCAAAAAGGCUUAUCGCAAGGCUGCCCUGAGAUACCACCCGGACAAGGUUCCCGAGGACCAGCGUGAAGAGUCCGAGGCCAAGUUCAAAGAGGCCAGCCGAGCCUACGAGAUUCUCAGCGAUGAGGACAAGCGCCAUCUCUACGAUACCCACGGCAUGGCCGCCUUUGACGGCUCCAGAGGCGGUCCCGGCGGCCCUGAAGUCGACCUGAACGAUAUCCUGUCCCAGAUGUUUGGAUUUGGCAUGGGCGGUCCUGGCGGCCCCGGCGGCGGUGGCCCUAUGAGGCCGCGCAAGGGACCCGACGAGGAGCAGGAGUACAAGGUCACGCUCGAGGAGCUGUACAAGGGCAAGACGGUCAAGUUCUCGGCCAACAAGCAGGUCGUCUGCAGCGUCUGCAAGGGCUCUGGCGGCAAGGAAAAGGCCAAGCCCACGAGCUGUGAUCGCUGCAAAGGCCACGGCAUGGUCGAGGCUAUCCGCCAGAUCGGCCCUGGCAUGAUGCGGCGCGAGACUGUCUUGUGCGAUCACUGCACAGGAUCCGGCAAGGUCUACAAGGAGAAGGAUAGGUGCAAGAAGUGCAAGGGCAAGCGGACGACACAGGAGAAGAAGGCGCUCGAGAUUUACAUUCCCCGAGGAUCCAUGCAGGGCGAGCGCAUUGUCCUGGAAGGAGAGGCCGAUCAAUAUCCUGACCAGAUCCCCGGUGACAUCAUCUUCACCUUGGUCGAGGAGCCCCACGAUGUCUUUUCUCGACUCGGAAACGAUCUAUCCGCAGAGCUGACGGUGUCUCUGAGCGAGGCGCUGACCGGAUUCAACCGCGUGGUGCUGAAGCAUCUGGAUGGCCGUGGUAUCCAGCUCAACCGACCUCGGGGCAAGAUCCUGAGACCGGUAGACUGCAUCAAGAUCCCCGGCGAGGGUAUGCCCCUGAAGAGGGGUGAGGCCAAGGGAGACUUGUAUCUCUUGGUCAAGGUUGAGUUCCCCAAGGAUGACUGGCUGAAGGACGACUCUGCGUAUGAGACGUUGGCAACCAUUCUGCCACCAGCUCUGCCCGCUGUGGAAGCUGAGGAGGUUGACGAAGUCGAGUACGAGGAUGGUGCCGACAUUGAAGAGAUGGGUGCUGACCAGGGCGAUCCUCGAUUCGCCCACGACUGGGAAGAUGACGACGAGCCCGGCGACGGCCAGGCACAAUGCGCCACUCAGUAAAGAGGGGAAAAGAAUUUGAGGGAAAAUGACCAAUUACUUUUUGAUUGUUUGAGGAUAUAGAAACUAGACUCCGUUUGCUGGAAGAAUGGAAACGGGAUAGCCGGAAAGGCAAAGGGGGACUUGUUUUUGACAUUGGGACUACAUGCUACUUUUUUUUUUACGAAUGCCGCAAAUAGAGAGAGCCAGAGAGAGAGCUAAUGUGAUGAAUCUCCGCUGUUAUGGGAUCAAGACACAAAAAGCAAAGGGAUAACGGGAUGGGCAUGGCACAGCUUUGGGACGAGUUCUUUUAUCUUUUCUUUCCUAGGGGCGCUUAAGCUGAGUAGACUUGGAAUGAUUCAGUCUUUUGGCUUGCAUUAUCUUUUUCCUCGCUCUAUGUGAUCAAGAUGUUGUAUUUACUGUAUUUAAAAAUCGCUGCGGGCACGUAUAGCUGCCUCCGUCAGUAAACUCGACAUCUCCAGUGCUCCAUACGCUACCAAUCCACUAUCCGACCCAGCGUUAGCAGCGACUUGCGCCUAAGCUCGCCCGCCUUACAUGGCCCCGCCAAAAGCUAAUCGGUCCCUCCCUAUUGAACCCUCAACGUCAACUCUUGUUUCUCACCAACUUCUUUAAACUUCCUCAAACUCUCCUCCUCAUCCUCCCAAACCCUCCACUCCUAUUUUUGUCUCUACGCACACAUCUUUUCUUUCUUUCUCUCCUCUCCUCUCCUCUCCUUCUCCCCCUAUAAUCCACAUCUCUCUUCCUCUUCUUCAACUUCGACUUCGACCCCCCCGCAGCUGACACCCAUCAUCACCACCACCUAAUCCACAACUUCAACACCAUCAUCCGUCACCAUGUCCCGCAAAGGCGUCGGCAUCGCCGCCUUCGACCGCUCCCGCAUCACCUCUGCCCAAUUCGCCUCGCACGGCUCCUCCCUCCGCGCCACAAACGCCCAGGCCCUCGAGACCCAGCUCGCCGUCUUCCGCUCGCUGCUGCAGCAAUUCGCCGCCACGCACGCAAAGGACAUACGCUCCGACCCGUCCUUCCGCGCCCAGUUUGCGCGCAUGUGCUCCGCCAUCGGCGUCGACCCUCUCGCGAGCUCAAACAGCCACAACAGCAACUCCUCUGGGUCUUCCGUCUGGGCGCAGCUGCUGGGCAAGACGGUCAACGACUUUUACUUUGAGCUGGCGGUGCGCAUUGUCGAGGUCUGCGGCGCGACGAGGGCCGAGAACGGCGGCCUGAUUGG